CUUCGGCCAUGGGUCACAAACUCUUCUCUUACUUCACUUUGCUCUUCCUUUUAGGCUACUGCCUCUUCGCCUUUGUCCUUCUUUUUCCCUUUGCGUAUGGCCAGCUUGAUUACCAUUUUUAUGGGAGAUCAUGUCCCCACUUGUCAAAUAUUGUUAGGUACGGUGUCUGGGCAGCCUACAAGAAUGAUACCAGGAUAGCUGCAUCUCUCCUGCGGUUGCACUUUCAUGAUUGUUUUGUAAAUGGCUGUGACGCAUCAGUGCUUCUUGAUGACACAGAAGAUUUCAAGGGCGAGAAGAAUGCCUUUCCAAACCGUAACUCUGUUCGAGGUUAUGAUGUCAUUGACAAUAUAAAAACGGAUGUUGAAAGGUUUUGCCCAUCAACUGUUUCAUGUGUUGAUAUAUUGACUCUUGCAGCAAGGGAAGCUGUUGUCUUGUCAGGAGGGCCUUCCUGGCCAGUAAUGCUUGGGCGACGAGAUGGAACAACUGCUAGUCAGCAGGCGGCUAAUGAACAAUUGCCAUCACCUUUUGAGCCUCUGGAGAAUAUCAUUGCCAAAUUCACAUCAAAGGGUCUUGACCUUAAGGAUGUUGUAGUUCUCUCAGGAGCUCAUACCAUAGGUUAUGCUCAAUGUUUAACCUUCAAGAGAAGACUUUUCAACUUCCAGGGCUCUGGUAAGCCUGACCCCACGCUCGAUGCUUCAGCCCUCGAUGGCUUGCAAAGAAUGUGUCCAAACAUGGACACCUCAAACAGCAAUCUCGCUCCCCUCGAUUCUGCAAGUGCCUAUAGAUUUGACAAUAUGUAUUACACAAACCUUGUCAACAAUAAGGGGCUUCUUGAAUCUGAUCAAGCACUAAUGGGAGAUCCAAAAACUGCUGACAUGGUUAAUUCCUAUAGCUCCAAGUAUUUUCUUUUCUGGAAUGAUUUUGCUAAAUCAAUGGCCAGGCUUGGCAAUCUUGGUGUACUCACGGGGGAAAAGGGACAAAUCAGAAAGAACUGUGGGUCUGUGAACUUAUAAUGCUGGUCUAUGUACGAAGCUUAUGUAGUUUGAUCAAAGCACCAAGAUUGUCAAUAAACUAUAAUAAUUUGGUGUUCCUGUGUUAGAUGUAUGAUUAAUCAUUCUCCAAGAACUCUGUAGUCCACCCAGCUCAGCUACAUAUUUUAUUUUAUGCUUUUUUUUUAACACCUCCUUUGGCUUUCCACUUUCACUUGGGAUAAAUGUCAGGUUUCUUUUGAGUUUUGAGGAGAAGAUUUAGGCUCAAACGCAUAUAGAUUCAAUAAAGAAGCCGAAAAGGAGUGAUUGGGUUCAAAGAGGAAAAUAUAAAGGAAACCUGUUGGAUGCCUGACCAACCUUUGUACAAACCCCCAUUGGGAUCUCUGUCCUUGUCUUUCAAAAACACCCAUCUUUUCUCUCAAAUAUCCAUCUUUGUCUGUCUUUAGUUUGUAUAUUAAGAUGCCUCAAAACUAUUGUAUAUCAUGAACAAUCAUCAUCAUCAUCAUCAUCACUCAUGGAUGUAUUCUCUGAUUUCAAACAUUAAG